AUGGUCCCAGGCGCCUGGGAGCCGCGGAGGAAUUCGGGGGGCUUGGCUAGCACGCUGAAAGAGUGUGAACCCGGGAAAGAAAUGGUCUCUGAGUUUCUUUUGUUCACAGUUGAACCUCCUGCAAAGAGAUACAAUUUGUUCCUGAGGCGGCGUCUGAUGUUUCAAAAAAGUCAACAAAGCAAAGAUUCUAUCUUCUUCCGAGAUGGGAUUAGGCAAAUUGAUUUUGUACUUUCCUAUGUUGAUGACAUAAAGAAAGAUGCAGAGAUAAAGGCAGAAAGAAGAAAAGAGUUUGAAGAAAAUCUCAGAAAAACAGGUCUUGAGUUGGAAACUGAAGACAAAAUGAACUCUGAAGAUGGAAGAACUUAUUUUGUCAAGAUCCAUGCCCCUUGGGAGGUAUUAGUUACUUACGCUGAAGUCUUGGGAAUCAAAAUGCCUAUUAAGGAGAGUGAUAUUCCUCGACCUGAGCAUACUCCCCUAAGCUAUAUGUUUGGGCCUGUGAAACUCCCAGCAAAUGUGAAGUAUCCUCAUCCUGAAUAUUUCACUGCCCAAUUCACCAGACAUCGGCAGGAGCUCUUCCUCAUUGAUGAUCCAUCAAGCUUCUUUCCAUCCUCAUCAAGAAACAGAAUUGUAUACUAUAUUCUCUCAAGGUGUCCUUUUGGCGUAGAGGAUGGUAAGAAAAAGUUUGGGAUUGAAAGACUACUAACUUCUAAGACUUAUUUAUCUGCCUACCCACUCCAUGAUGGCCAAUAUUGGAAGCCAUCAGAACCUCCUAAUCUUUUCAGUGAAAGGUACAUACUUUACCGGAAUUGGGCUCGAUUUUCCUAUUUUUAUAAGGAGCAGCCUUUAGAUUUGAUUAGGAAUUAUUUUGGAGAAAAAAUUGCUAUCUAUUUUGUUUUUCUUGGAUAUUACACAGAAAUGCUGUUAUUUGCUGCUGUAGUUGGCUUAGCUUGUUUUAUUUAUGGUUUACUAUCAAUGGAAAAUAACACCAACAGCAUGGAAAUCUGUGACCCUAAUAUUGGAGGUCAGAUUAUCAUGUGUCCACUCUGUGAUCUAGUGUGUGAUUAUUGGAGACUAAAUAGUACCUGUUUAGCUUCAAAGUUUUCCCAUUUGUUUGAUAAUGAAUCAACAGUGUUCUUUGCAAUAUUCAUGGCAAUUUGGGUCACAUUAUUUUUGGAGCUUUGGAAACAGCGACAAGCCAGACUGGAAUAUGAGUGGGACCUGGUGGAUUUUGAAGAGGAACAGCAGCAGCUUCAGCUAAGACCUGAGUUUGAAGCUAUGUGUAAACACAGGAAAAUGAAUGCAGUGACUAAGGAGAUGGAGCCUCACAUGCCUCUAUGUUCUCGUAUUCCAUGGUACCUUUGUUCAGGAGCCACAGUGGUAUUAUGGAUGUCUCUUGUCAUCACCAGCAUGGUAGCUGUGAUUGUGUACCGCCUGUCAGUCUUUGCUACAUUUGCUAGCUUCAUGGAAAAGGAUGCAUCCUUAAAGCAAGUCAAAAGUUUCCUUACUCCCCAGAUAGCCACAUCACUCACAGGAUCGUGCUUGAACUUUAUGGUCAUCUUGAUCUUGAAUUUCUUUUAUGAAAAGAUAUCCGCCUGGAUUACAAAAAUGGAAAUUCCUCGAACUUACCAGGAGUACGAGAGCAGUCUUACCUUGAAAAUGUUCCUGUUUCAGUUUGUAAAUUAUUACUCAUCCUGCUUCUACGUAGCUUUCUUUAAAGGGAAGUUGGUGGGCUAUCCUGGAAAAUACACAUAUAUGUUUAAUGUGUGGAGAAGUGAAGAGUGUGAUCCUGGAGGCUGUCUAAUAGAAUUAACAACCCAGUUGACCAUCAUAAUGAUUGGGAAACAGGUUUUUGGAAAUGUUAAAGAAGCCGUUUAUCCGUUGGCUUUGAAUUGGUGGAGACGCCGAAAAGCUCGUACCAACUCUGAGAAACUAUACAGUCGAUGGGAGCAGGAUCAUGACCUUGAAUGUUUUGAACCCCUUAGGCUAUUCUAUGAAUACUUAGAAACAGUUACUCAAUUUGGAUUUGUUACACUAUUUGUGGCCUCUUUUCCUUUGGCUCCUCUUCUUGCUCUCAUAAAUAAUAUUAUAGAGAUUCGAGUGGAUGCCUGGAAACUUACUACUCAGUACAGGAGAACUGUAGCUUCUAAAGCUCAUAGCAUAGGUGUUUGGCAAGACAUUCUUUAUGGAAUGGCUGUACUUUCCGUUGCAACUAAUGCUUUUAUUGUUGCAUUUACAUCGGACAUCAUUCCUCGUUUAGUUUACUACUAUGCCUACUCAACAGAUCCCAUGAAUCCUAUGAAAGGAUAUGUGAAUAACAGCCUGUCAGUAUUCCUGAUAGCUGAUUUUCCAAAUACUACUGUACGUUCGGAAAACCGAGACAUCGCCACUUGCAGGUACAGAGAUUACCGAUAUCCUCCUGAUCAUGAGAAGAAAUAUUUUCAUAAUAUGCAAUUCUGGCAUGUCCUUGCUGCUAAGAUGACCUUCAUCAUAGUUACAGAACACAUUGUGUUUUUACUUAAAUUUCUGUUGGCCUGGAUGAUACCUGAUGUUCCAAAAGAUGUUGUGGACAGAAUCAAGCGAGAAAAGUUAAUGACUGUCAAGAUUCUCCAUGACUUUGAGCUCAACAAAUUAAAAGAUGACUUGGGACUUAAUUCUAAAGAAUUUUCUAAGCAUUUCAUGAUUGAGGAAAGCAAAGCAUGUCUGGCUGGAUCAACAACCUAAUCAGCAUAACCAGCUAGCAGCUGGUUGUCUGUAUCACUUCACUUUUUCCCCUGGGUUCCAGGCCAGAGGCCAGAAGCCAUAUGUCAGUUUUACCCUUUCUUUCUUUCUUUUCUUCUUUCUUCCUUUAAACUCAACGUUUUUAUACACUUUUAUAGAGGCCAACUUUGUGAUGUUGGAAGAGUACCACUUCUCUGUUUCAUUGGCUGGGCCCUUUGCAGACACCAUUUUCUGAAGUCCUCUAAAUGACCAUUGAAAGUGCAUGUAGAAUCAGAAUACUGGGAAAUCAUGGAGUGUUGCAGUUUAGAAUGAAACACUGGAGUUGGGCUGUCCCAUCACUUUCCAGUGCAUCUACAUAUUUUUAUACUCUCCUAUUGGUUUGUUUUAUAUCUCCUUCCCAUCAAGAAAAAUGUUGGGACAAAAAGAAAGGAGCAAAGAGGCUGACUGAGAUAUAUAUAACCUACCAUUUUAAAAUGUGCCAAUAAAAACCAAAAUCAGAUGACAUAAGAAAACUCACAUAUUUAAGAACUCACAUAUCAUAGCGGGGGUUUGUUCCUGAAAUUGUCCUGAAUAAGUUAAACUUCCAUCAGAAUCUCAGAUAGUCCCUCCUGAUAAAUGCAGAAUUCAUUUCUUCAAGAGACUGAACUUUUGAGUUUCAACAGAAAAACAACAACUCUGUUCUUAAAGGUAACAUUUUGGUCACAGUAGUUUCAAGACUGUGGAUUGUCUUACCUGGAAAACAACAUUACAAAGGUGUUAGAUUGCUUCAGGUCUUUAAGUGAAGAUAUUAUAAAGAAGUAAAUGUGUUUACUUAGUAGUUAAAGAAUGCAAGACAAUGUAUAUCGAUUAAUUUAUUGACCUUAAUCUAGAAAAUUGUUGAAUUAUUUCUUUAAAAAUCAGUUUUCUUCUAGAAUGCCUAUUUUGCAUCAUGAAACCUUUUUGAGCACUAGCUGUUUGUAUAAGUUAGUUACAGGUUAUUUAUGAAAUAUGAUCUCUUUACUAUAAAACAAUCUCAAAUCUUUUAACAAGUUUACAAACCUUUUCUAUUGAUGUAUCACCUCAUACAACGCUGAGUGCCUUGUUCCUAUGCCUUUGACACACGAGAAGUCAUAUUGUUGGCUGUUAAUUUGAUGUGAUAUAACAUCUCAAAUGGAAGCUUAUUUUAGAGAAACUGUCAGUGUAACAACAACCACAGAGUGUAAUACCAAAAGAGGAUCAACCAAGUAAGAAUGAGGUGAUGGACUUGAUAGCUGUGUGAAAAAAAUAUGUUUGUUGAAUUAUUCCUCUCAAAUUUAGGCCUGUGGGACAUGUACACCAAUUCUUAUUCUUUUACUUUAAAAAAAUACUGCUUAUAUACGUGUGUGUGUAUAAACAUAUUACUUCUAGAGAGAUACAGUCCAAUUAUAUAGUAUUUGAAUCUCUAGUUUGAAAUUACAAUUCACUUCCAAAAGUGUAGUGUUUUUUUAACCACACUCACAAGAAAAACCUUUUUCACAAUAUUUUUUAAAACAGUGUUUCAUUAUCUAAUGCUAAUAAAUUUUUAUUGCAUUUCCAGCAUUAAAUAUAUGGCAGAUGGUAUUAAACUACUGAUCAAUAUUAAGCAUUUAGAACUGGGGAUUAUAGAUUUUAUAAAACUAUGGGACAGUUACCCCAGUAUCGGUAGUACUGACUUGUCAUCUGCUAGGUAGACUUUAUGAAUAUUUUUGGGUAAUUUGAAAUUAUCCCAUUAGUAAAAGAUGAUUUCAUAUGUGGAUUUCAUUUCUUUCCUGAGAAAACCAGUCAGGGUUAACAUGAAAUAAGCCAGAGAUGCAGUAUGUUUGGUUUGUCAAGUCAAACUCUGUGUCACUACAAUAUUGUGCAUUGCACACAGCUCACAUUGCUUCCUUCCUUGGUGCUGAUAAAAAUAGGAAAGAGCAUGGAAAUAAGUUUCUUGGAUAUAAACUUUAAUUUUUAUGACUUAAAAGUGUCUAUAGAGCUAGAUUGUAAAAUGAAUAAAGACAAAUUUAACUCACAAAGUUAUCUGUACACUGCAGUUUUAAAAUAAACCAACUCAAGUGUUGGGUUUCUAGAGUUUAUGGAAAAACUAGCAAGGGAGGAAAUUAAGAUAGGUAAAUAAUUCCAUGACUUAUAGAUACUUUCCUUUUAAAAUGUUAUUGACAGAUAUUUUGUAUUCACCUUUGGAUUCCCUACCAAGAAGUUUCUCUUCAUUUUACAUACUUUAAAAUGAAAUACAAGUAUCCCUCACUUUCAUAAAAGCUGACUAACCAAAAUCAGGAGCCAAACCAAUUCAAGUACAUUUCUCUCAUUUAAUUAAACCCAUUAGUUAUUAUGUGAGGGCUGAAUUAAGGGCACCUGGAUAUCAAACAAAAGUUGCUAUUUACCAGGAUGGCAGGCGAUUUUAUUCUACAAUCAAACCCACAGUUUGUUUGUUUUUUUUUCCCCCAGAAAUGUUCCAGAGAACAUUUGAGAUUUUAUGUAAAAUAAAAUUUUAAGUGCCAAAUCCAA